UGGACUGGAAGAUUUGGGUCUCUCCUACAGACUGGGCAGCAUCAAGGAGCACACAGCCCCAUCUAUUCAUCCCAGAGAAGUGAAGGCUGAGAUGCACCAGCCAAGAGCAGAGAAAGGUAAAGCGGGGAGCAGGCAUCACAAAACAGGCUUUGCUGAAGCCUUGUCAUCCUGAAGGUGGGGAAGGAACUUGGAAAAAACAAACCUCAAAAUAUAGGAGAGGGCUUGGGAGUGAUCUCUGAACUUGUCACCCACAGCAAGGGCUGGCCCAGAUACACUUUGAAGUCCCUCUGGAGCAGGAACACAUUCAUUCCUUUGUCCCCUGCUUGGUCCCAGCACUGGAAAACAUGCAAAGAGGCUGAGCCCAAUGGAUCCCAUCACAUGGAGCAUCCCCCUCCCACGCGUCCCAUGGAGGGGCUGAAGCUGCAUUUGGAGGUGGUUGCACAGAGUUAAUUCAUGCCUUGAGUUAUGUAGCACACUCUGCCCCUCUGCUGCGGGGAUUUAGUGUUCACUUGGAUGCAAAAAGGAGCUUCAAAGCAUGAUUUGGAAAACGAUGUUCUCAAGGAAGAGCUUUGGCUCUGUGGAGCUGCAUGUGAUUGAACAACCAUAUGAGUAUACCCUGCAGGAGAUGUUCUCCUUUCCUCCCACCACCCUUGUUACAGCAUCAGUAGGGUCAAACUGUUGGGGACAUGUGGGCUCUCCUCCUCCAGGUGCUGUUAUCCCUAUGGCCCCUUCCUUGUCCCUCACCUGCAAGCCUGAAGGCACCCUUGUCAUUAAGGUUGGAGAAGACCUCCAAGGUAACCAAGUCCAACUCAAACCUGUUCCCACCACGACACCAAACCGUGUCCCUCAGCACCACAUCUCCAUGGUUCAUGAGCACCUCCAGGGACAGUGACCCCGCUGCCUCCCUGGCAUGGGGUGGACACGCUGCUGACCAGCUGCUCACAGACCUCAUGUGGAUAUCAACCCCUCAACAACCAACCCCUGGGACUGGGAGAUGAUAGGGAGGAUGGAGGCUUUGGAUGGAGGCUCGUGGGUCCUGCACACCCCGUUGUGACAGCUGGAGCAGAGCCAUCAGCCCUGCAGAGAGCUGUGGGACAGAAUGAACAAAAUCCUCCCGAUAAAAGAAAGAAAAGCAAAACCAAAGCCAAACGUCUCCCUCGGGGGACUGGGGGCAGGAAGAGGCACCUCAAAAGGCACCCAGAGUCACCACCGCGCUCGCUGCUCCUUCCAUCCCCCCCGUCCCCCGCUUUAAUUACAUUUUCAAUUCAAAUCUGCUGCUAUUUGAUCCGCCGGGGGUGUGUGUCUAUGCGCGGGGGGUAUUUUUAGCUAUGCUUAAAGCUGCCUGGGUGGAUAAGAGAGAUUGUGCAGGUUGCCGCGACCAGGCGGAGCGGGACGGGAUUUGUCCCCCCUCCUCUUCUCCUCCCCAUCUUUACCCAUUUGCUGGCUGUGAGCGGGGCUGGCUGCCUCUCCAGCUGCCUCCCUUUCUGUCGCCUUUGUUUUUUCCCCGGAUUCUUCUCUUGUGCAACAGGGGGGCGAGGCUGCCCUCUGCUUCUCCUCCUCCCCGGCAUUUCAGCCCCGACGGAACCGAUGAAGUCUCUGCGGGUCCUCAGGGCACCGCCAGCCUUGCGGGGUUCGGGGUCCCCCGGGCUCCUCACCUUACACUGAAUCGCCCGUGGCCGCGUCCCGGGACGCCCCAUGGCACCGCCGAGAUGUUGGCGUCCAGAGCUCUGGAUUUCCAGAAGACGCGCUACGCCAGCUCCCCCAGCUCCAUUGGGCCAUGGAUGAUGGGGACCAGCAUGAGUGGGAGUUGCAGCAGCACCUGCACUGCCCUUCAGGGCAUCAUCAGCAUCUUGUCAGGUCUUCUCAGAGGGUUCAUGAACCACCGUGUCCCCUCCAACCGCAGGUACCAGCCGACGGAGUACGAGCAUGCAGCCAACUGUGCCACGCACGCGUUCUGGAUCCUGCCCAGCAUCCUCGGCAGCUCCAUCCUCUAUGUCCUCUCCGAUGACCGAUGGGAGACGAUCUCAGCCUGGAUCUACGGCUUCGGCUUGUCCAGCCUCUUCAUUGUCUCCACCAUCUUCCACACCAUCUCCUGGAAGAAGAGGCAUCUCAGGACUGUGGAGCACUGCUUGCACAUGUUCGACAGGAUGGUGAUCUACUUCUUCAUCGCAGCAUCAUAUGCUCCAUGGCUGAACCUACGGGAGCUGGGACCCUGGGCCUCCCACAUGCGCUGGAUCAUCUGGAUCAUGGCAUCUGUUGGCACCAUCUACGUGUUCUUCUUCCAUGAGCGGUACAAGCUGGUGGAGCUGGUGUGCUAUGUGAUCAUGGGCUUCUUCCCCGCCUUGGUCAUCCUCUCCAUGCCCAACAGGGAUGGCCUCCCAGAGCUGGUGGCUGGCGGGAUUUCCUACUGCCUGGGCAUGAUCUUCUUCAAAAGCGAUGGCCGCAUCCCCUUCGCCCAUGCCAUCUGGCACCUCUUUGUGGCCAUUGGAGCUGGCAUCCAUUACUACGCCAUUUGGAGGUACCUCUACCGGCCCAGCACUCUGGAGGCCAAAACGUCCCGAUAGACGCCUUAAGGACACUUCACAUCAAUGGGGACAUGGAAGGGGAGCAGGGAGGGGAGCCCGGCCCAUGGGCUCACCCUGGAGCCACCUGCUGCCCCCUGCAUGGUUUUGAUUUUAAACAGAUUUUUUCUUUUUUAACCUUGAGAACUGUUUAUUUUUUUAGGCAAUGUUUUCAUAAUGUGGUGACCACCCGAGGGGCUGCAGGCAACAGGGGAGCUUCGCUCACCCUGCUGACCCCAAGCAUCCCAAUGGGGCUCUGUCCCCACACUCACUUGGCUGGUGACACCCUGGGGACCUGCAUCAAGCUCACAGCCAUCCCAGCCUGUGGUGGCAGAGUGGAGCCCCCUAAAAAAAAGCCUGAGUGGGACUUCCAUUGGCACACUUGCUUGUCUCAUAAAUGGUCAGAAAUCAUUUCAGCAUCAGCCUUCCCCUCCCGUGCUCUUGACAGGAAGGUCCUGAGUCAACAAAGCCUUACAUGCUAUUGAAACUUGAAUCUUUUCCAGCAUUCCCCGGACUCUGAAGCACCAGAAAACCCUUUUUCCAAACCAGUAUUAAGCACAUGACUCGGUGUGUUCCCCCUGGACAGGCCCUCAGAGCCAUCCCAGCUGUUUUCUCCUAGGGUCUCUUGGUUUCCUUGCUGCUCUCAGUGUCACCUGGCUGCCUUUGGGCUGUCCUGGAGCUUGAAGUGUUCAGGCUCAGCCUUGGUUUCUUUAUGCCAGGAGAGGGCCCUGAUUGUGGCUUCACAUAGCUGUGCCAUUUUGCAGCAAAUUACCAAAGAGAAGUUUCCCAGAUGCUCUUCCCCUCCUGGCAUGGUGGCUGUGGUCUCCAUGUAGAAAAAAACCCCACUCUUUUCCAUAGGCAGAGUGUUUCAAGAAGGGGCUGCAUGCCAUGUGUCCCAGCUUGGCACAGGGCUACUGGGGCUCUGCCUUUGGUGUCCUGGAGGAUGGAGGGCUCUCAGGGUGACAGGAGGUCUUGGGGAUGGGAGGUGAUGGACCAGGUGAGGUCUCUGCUGUCACUUCAACCAAGUCCCCAGGAUACAGCCCUUGAUCCUUUGGCCCCACACUUCUCAGCCUUGUGGGAGGGAGAAGAAGGAAGAACUGAGCACUGAGUGAUGGGCAGUUUGUGGGGUGAAUUUGGGGUCAGAAUAGAAGGUCUGAGACUGUGAGCUGCCAUUUUUUGCCAUCUGGCAAGACAUUACUCUGUGCCUCAGUUUCCCCACCUGUAAAUUGGAGAUGCAGACAGUGACCGACCUCACAGGGCUCAGUUUGGUCUCUGCGGAGCACCUGGAGGAUGGCUGGUCAUUCACAGACACCGUGCUCCAUCUGUCACUGAGUUUGUCACCAGCAGCACAUGGUGACACUGGGCUGAGUGCACCCAUCUCUCCUCCCACAGGGGAGCACACCAAGGAUCAGCCCCAUUGCAACAUUCCCUGGCAGAGGCUGCCCAUGGGGUUUUGUCCCUGGGCUUUGUCCCACACCAUUGAUCUCAGAAGCUUGCCAGGGAUGUGAAGCCCACAAGGAUCUUUCUGAGGCCACCACAAGGCACACUGCGGACAUCACCACUUGCCUAUCCCCAUGCUGAGAAGCCUCCCCUCCACGUGCCCUUUCCUUGUGCAGCGGGGCAGGAUGCACAACAUGCUCUCUGUUUGUCAGCCUAUUUUGUACUAAUUUUAAACAGUUCGUAAUGUCUGUGAAGGAGCUACUUUUUAGCAUCUUGUAUUUUUCACCAUCCCUUCUUGGUCGAGCAGUAUUUUGUAUUUAACACAGUACUGGAUCAAAUUAAAAGCAAACCUAAGGAAGAUAACAGUAGCGAAUGCUUGUUUCCUGUGGAGUAGGGUUGAAAUAAAAACUCAAGAUACCUCA